AUGUUGUUACUUAGAAAUCUAUUUGUGCUGUUCUCUGCUGGUACUGUGGCUGCUGGCACUCUGGGUGCUGGUACUCUGGGUGCUGGUACUCUGGGUGCUGGUACUCUGGGUGCUGGCCCUCUGGGUGCUGGUACUGUGGCUGCUGGUACUGUGGCUGCUGGCACUCUGGGUGCUGGUACUCUGGGUGCUGGUACUCUGGGUACUGGUACUAUAGGUGCUGGUCCUGUGGGUGCUGGCACUCUGGGUGCUGGUCCUGUGGGUGCUGGCACUCUGGGUGCUGGCCCUCUGGGUGCUGGCACUCUGGGUGCUGGCCCUCUGGGUGCUGGCCCUCUGGGUGCUGGCCCUCUGGGUGCUGGCACUCUGGGUGCUGGCACUCUGGGUGCUGGCACUCUGGGUGCUGGCACUCUGGGUGCUGGCACUCUGGCUGCUGGCACUCUGGGUGCUGGCACUCUGGGUGCUGGCACUCUAGCUCCUGGUACUCUAGCUCCUGGUACUCUGUUGGAGCUCAAUACCAUUAAGUGUAAGGUGACAGAAGUAAGAACAGGCAUCAGGAGACAGAAAGAACAUCUCACAAGAAAAAAAGGGAGAACUGCCUCCCUGUCACGACUUCAGAGUCACCUGGUGAGUGAACGUAGCACCAACCACCUAACUCACGAGUCCCAUAUAAAUAAGACAACGUCAGCACCAUAUAUACUCUACUCUAAUAAAAGUUAG